AUGGCGGCUCGUAAGCUGCUGUUCUCGAGCGCAAAACUCGGCAUUCGUAUACGUGAGCGCCUUCAUCUCGAGGACGUCUAUGAGGAUGACCACGAACUUCGUCUGGAACUGCUAACGUUGAAGGACGUGCGUCGGGCCAACGACCUAUUAGCACGGAACUAUGCGCGCUACAACAGCGACCUGGUGGCCAUGGUCGAGCACGGACGCCAGUGCUCCGAGUCGCUCAUCGAUGUUGCUCGCCUCCUGCGCGCUCGAGGUGAAGUCAUCUCCGAAGAAGAACUGAGUCAGGAGACUGUAGACAAGUACCUGUUCUCGCGGGAGCUGCGCGAAGUCCUCGUAACUGUCGGACGCACCGAACGCGAUGUCCACGAUGCAUUCUCGGCCUUCAGCCGAGCCGUAGAGCUCAACAUGAUCAAACCUCGACGAAAUUUCACCAAAUCCUACUGCUACGGCGAAUUUCGUCAGAAAAAGCUCCACUACAAGGACGUCAAACGAACAUUCAAAGCACAUCAGAAGAACGUCGACGAAGAGCCUGGUGCGGUGGAACGCUUCGAGCUCGCCGAAGCCAGAGCUGCCUACGAAGACGCAGAGAGUCAGCUGCGACGCUAUGCACAGCAGCUCGAGGUCGAAAACGAUGAAAGCAUGCGCCAAACCAUUGCGAACCUGGUGAUCCAGCACCACGCAGCGCUGGUGCGAGCCAUCAACGCCCUUGAGAAGAUCCUACCGCUCUGUCUUCGCCAUGCCGUGGAACGCGGGUCAUCGGUGCUGAACUCACCCAUGAAGCCGGGCAGCUUCUCACCGACGACAACGCAUAGUGUACUCGCGGACGCCGAAGGCAUAUCGACGCCACUCGAGACCACGGAGGCUACCACAACGGCCUUGUUUGUCGCACGUAUCUGGCUGCUGAUGUACCGGCUGCAAAGCGUUCAGAAAAAAGCGCUUCACACCGAAAACACUGCAGAGCUAGAAGCGCACACAUUGCGAACGUCGACGGACUCGGAGUCUUCCCAGCUCUUGGCGACUUUACAAGGUCGAGUCACCGGUUUGGAGGAUUCACUACGCCGUGAACGCACUCGCGCCUAUCAGCUUAUCGCAGAACUGCAACGCAAGCAGAAACGCCUCCAGCGCUUCAUGCUACUCUACUGGAGCAUGCUGGCAAGCCGUGUACAGCACCAGCGCCAUCGUGGUGCUGGUGCCGGUAGCGCUGCCACCAUCUCCGAGCGUUCGCCACUGGGGCAGCCGCUGCCGAUGACGAACGAGCCCGCAGCCGUGCAGCGCGUACGCCGACACCUCGCAGCGCUGUGCCUGCAGGCAGUCGCCUGGCAAGCCCUGUAUCGAAGACAGCAGCAGUCGCAGGCCUCGAAAGCGGACCUGUCCUGCCUGGUAGAGAGCGAACUCCUCCGCGACCUCGUUCGAUGCCGGGAACAAUGCAAUCGGACCUGGAGUCUGUUGCUGCGGGAACGGGAACGCCGUCACGCGUUCCGACUUAAGAUGCGCUGUCGACUGGGGCUGGUGCCCACGUGCGUUCGUUUCGAUCCGCUUGUACCGUCGACUGGUCGCUACCUUUUCGCUGCGCUUCAUCGAAGGGAUGCGGAUGAUGUGCUGAAGCAGCGAGGGCGCGUGGCGAUCGCUCUGGAUCGCGGCUCACUCAUGCUUCUGACCGAGGAAGCCGAGCUCGAGUACGAUUAUGUGCUUCACGGAGCGUCAUCACAGGCGCAAGUGGCGCUGGUUGUCGAGAGACUACUGAAGGCGGCGCAACCGGCGCCAGGGCAACGGUUGUUGUUUCUGGCCGCCAACCGUGAAGCGAACAUGUAUACAGCUCUGGGGACGAUGACUGCACCCGGCAUGCUCCAAAGAUGGAUACUGGAGUAUUUCCAGGGCGGGCAUUAUAUUCCACUCGUUUUCGAGGGCCGCGAAUACCACACGCCGAACAGCCUCUGCUUCGCCCUGGAGCGAUAUAUAGAGCGACACGCUUCGGAUCCGGUGUGCCUGCAGGUAACACCGGCCACUGUGCCUUCAUCGAGAGAUGCACUUUUUGUGCCGUUUGCUGCGGUUCUCUAUGAGGCCACCCCGCAAUAUUCUGGUGCUGAACUCCAGCGCUUUGCCCCGUUUGCCGCCUGCAUCGCAACGGUUGGCGAAUCGGAUAAGCGCGCGACGGAGGUCCUGCGAUUGGCGACAUCUGUUGCGGAGCAGGUGCACAAGCUGGCUACCACCGACACCGGCGAAGUCGCGCUGGAUACGAGUUUCAGCGACUGGACGAUACCGGAGCGCGCUCACGAGGCCGAGCUACGGACGCCAGAUGCUUUGGUUCGAACGAAGCAGGCCGCGUCGGAGACGACCCCGUUUCCGGAUGUGUUCCCCACCGAUGCAACCAGCAUCAUCGACGAUGGAGAACACGACUUUAAUGAGACGAGUUCACUGCUCCGAAGCUAUCUGUUUGGGUAG